CUGUUCGAGCUCCAGCCGAUGGAGCGAUCUUAUCGGGCCUGGAAGUUCCAGUGGAACUGGGCCACCUGGCCCAGGUGGUCUCAAGUCUCAGCGCACAGCAGGCCUCAUCGGCAAAGGAACCAAACCGCACAAUCGCCUAAAAUCCACAGCUUCUCAUGCGAUACCAACUGGCAUCUGGAAACCGUGCCAAACUUGAUUGGAUUCUAUGCAUGUAUCAUUGAGUAACCGAUGGGAUCACCGUAGCUCAACCCUCGAGACACCUAGCGAUAGAUUUCGGCAGCAUGGUCGUUAAAUUUGGUGCUACAGAGAGCCCAAAACUCCGUGCGGUGUAAAUGAACGAGAAGGCGAUCGUUUGCUGGCGGCGUAUCGCUGCUUAUGUCGCGAGUCAUUGCGUGGUUGGAGGCUGGAACACAAGCAACCCCGGUGCACAGAUUGGAGAGGGUGAGGGACAGAAGCAAGCAAAUUGACUCGCGAAGUGCUUUCUAAUACUAAUUGGUGCUCCUUCUCUAGUCGACGGUGUCGACUCAAGAAGGAGCUAUCAAUCGAUCAGUUUUCGUUACUGACGAUUCACCGUCACUGGCACAUAUUACCAAUGAGUCACGAUGAGAUUAUGGUAGUGUGCUUCUUGGCUUGUCGUUGCUCCGCGGUGGUUAUGGAUAUCGGUGCUCGUUUUUGGGUUGAGGCGACUGGAGCAGUCUCCUGACCUUUCACUACAAAGAGUGGUCGACUGUUACCAUGGCACAACCUCGUUUGCAUCGUUCAAUCUCAAUUUGCACUCAGUGUAGCAGAAGUGAAGCACUGCCGUCACUACUUGAAGCGAAAAGUAACACUAGCAGGGUUCUCCAUGAGGCUCGAUCUUGGCUGUGUGGUGGCUACAGCGUUGCUGACCUCGAAAUCCUCGGCAGAAGUCAACGUUGUCGCCAUUUCUGAAGCUUUACCGGGUGUUAAUAGUGACCCCCUGCUGGUAAACCAAGAGUACACCAAGGACAUUUCGCUUCAACACGUGACUGACGAAAGAUUCGGAUUGCUCCGCGGGACUGCAACGGUGCAUACAAGAUCACCGUCAAAUGAUAAGACAGUGUAUUUCACGACACGGAAGGCGGAAGCCGACGAGUACGGCGCACAGGUGGUAGAUGUCGUUGUUCCGUGGGAAAGCAGAUCUUUCCAGCCCGACAACGCGAAGGACGAGGCUAUACAUGAGGACGAGUACAUGUCGGAUCGCGAUAAUGUCGACGUGGACUCCAGUAUGGAGGAUUCGUUUGAUAACGCGGACGAUAUCUUUGACGCAGACUUCAACUCGGAUUCUACGCUGUCAGACACAGAUUUGUCGGAUGAAGGUGAGGAGGAGGAAAUGACGACGACGGUUGUCGACGAUGUGUUCGUGCGGUGGGACCAAGACGAUUGCAAUCCGUGUGAGGUACCAACUCUAGCACCCACACUUGCCCCGCUCUAUCCUCGGGAAGAUGAUAACUAUGAGGACCACCUACCAACCGUGACCGACGACUACGAACCUUGGGAGGAAAUUAAGUACACAGAUGUACCAACAGAAAUACCACCACUUACCCCAACCUACCCACCACGAAAAGGCGACUACGAGGAGCACCUUCCGACUGUGUAUGACGAGUACGCUUCUUGGGACGAGCUUAAGGAUAACGUUUACUCGUAUACCAAUGAACCGACAGAUAAACCGACUCAUAGCCCACCAGAUUCUCAAGCCCCCGAAGACACAACUGUACCUCCACACGAUACUGGUGCGCCGGAAGACACGACUGUACCCCCAGAGGAUACAUCUGCGCCUCCAGCGGAGUCUACGGCACCUGUAGACACAACAGCCCCUCCAAAGGAUUCGACAGCGCCAGAGAACACGACUGCACCUCCAAAGGAUACCGCAGUCCCUGAAGACACGACAGCACCUCCAAAAGAUACUCCUGAAGACACGACAGCACCUCCAAAGGAUACUCCUGAAGACACAACAGCACCUCCAAAGGAUUCGACAGCGCCAGAGAACACGACUGCACCUCCAAAGGAUACUGUGACUCCUGAAGACACAACAGCACCUCCAAAGGAUUCGACAGCGCCAGAUGAUACAACUGCUCCCCCAGCCGAUUCAACGGUCCCGGAAGACACGGCUGCUCCUCCAAAGGAAUCUACUGCGCCUCCAGCUGAUACUACAACCCCAGUUGAUACCACAGCACCACCAAUUGAAGACACUCCUAAGCCGUACGAACCGACUCCUGCUCCAACCAAGGGAGAUGAACCGACUCCUGCUCCGACAGGGCCUCAUGACGAAAAUGCGGUGUGCCCUACGGGACAGCAGAGCAUCGGUGUGGCCGGUUGGGACCACGACGGAUGCGUCACAUCGGGCAAUGUCUGCGUUGCCAAUACGCACGGUGACUGUCCGCACGGUGCUCACUGCGCUUGGCUCGACACGGGUGUGUACGGAUGCAAGGACGGUGGAGGGUGUUCUAGCAACGAACAGACCAUCGGUGUAGUCGGCUGGGAGCACGACGGGUGUAUCGUCUCGAACAACGUAUGCGUGGACCAGGUAAGCGACGGUGAUUGUCCCGGUGGAGCCUACUGCGCGCUGCUUGAUACUGGUGUCUACGGCUGCGUGGCAAGCUCGAAAAAGUCAGGAACCACACCUGAUGGAUCCACAAGAAGCCGCACGAUAUACACAAACACUGGGAAAACGGCGAGCGGAACGGCUACAAAGGGGACAACCACGACCGGAGGGACUUCGUCGACGGAAACAACGGACACCGGGAGCAUUGCAUAUGCAAACACUGGUUCAGGCACAGAUGUGAACCCCUCCAAUGCUUUAAGUGCAGGAGCCAUCGUAGGAAUCGUUGUUGCGUGUGCCGUGUUUGUGGCGGUUGUCGUUGGUGCUGUUCUAUUCAGACAGAAAGCACUCGUUCGUCGGCACGAAGCGAAUCUAUUUGCCGACCUUAGUGACACGGGUGGAGGGGAUUACAUGGCGAUGUAAACCAGGUAUGGACGGUAACCUCUGUCUGCUGUUGACACUAAUGAAAACACGAUACCCUGGCAUGAAUUCUAUUCGGCUUGUUACAUGUACCCUAGCUUGCUUCUAAAGUAAAGAUACAAUCAAAUACGUAAUUCAGGAGCAAG